AAUCUAAAUUGUUUCUGGGAGUGAGUUUUUUGUUAAAUCUCCCCUCUUUUCAUCUUCUUCUUCCUCAUAAAACCCUCCCCUGUGUUUCACUUCCUCUGUGUGUUUUGAGUUUGUAAUGAAGAUAUUUGAAAUGGAGAAGAGAAUAAGAAUGGUGAUUUUGUUGAUUGGGUUUAUUACGAUGGGAUUUGGAAUUGGAGAUGGAGAGACAGAAUGCGAUUUAUACAGCGGGAAAUGGGAAUUGGAUUCUUCGUAUCCGAUGUAUAAUUCAUCGGAAUGUCCAUUCAUAAGGAAGGAAUUUGAUUGUAUCAAAUAUGGCCGGCCAGAUCGUCUCUAUCUUCACUUCAGAUGGCAGCCAUUGCACUGUGAUCUCCCCAGAUUUGAUGGAGAAGAUUUGUUGGAGAGAUUUAGAGGGAAGAAGAUAAUGUUUAUUGGAGAUUCAAUAAGCUUAAAUCAAUGGCAAUCACUUAUAUGUUUGCUUCAUGCUGCACUUCCUAAUUCCACCAUUGUUCAACAAUCCAAUGACACCACUCGUACUAUUCAAUUCAAGGAAUAUGGGACUUCAGUGAUGCUAUUUCUAAGUCAUUACUUGGUUGAUAUUGAAGAAGAAAAAGGGAUCGGAAGAGUUUUGAAGCUUGAUUCAAUCAAAAGUGGAGAUAUAUGGAAGCAAAUGGAUGUUUUAAUUUUCAAUACUUGGCUUUGGUGGUACCGCAAAGGAUCUGGACAACCAUGGGAUUACAUUCAAGUUGGCAAUGAAAGAGUGAAGGAUAUGGAUAGAAUGGAAGCUUUUAGACAUGGAUUACAAACAUGGGCAAAUUGGGUUGAUUCACAAGUUGAUACAAACAAAACCAAAGUCUUCUUUCAAGGAAUUUCUCCAUCUCAUUACAAUGGCAAUGAGUGGAAUGAGCCAGGAGUAAGAAACUGCUUUAAAGAAACAACUCCAAUAAAUGGAUCAACAUACCCAGGUGGUUUGCCAGCAGCAUCGUGGACACUUGAAAAAGUUUUGAGUGAAGUUACAAAGCCAAUUCAUGUACUUAACAUAACAACACUUUCUCAACUUAGAAAAGAUGCACACCCAAGCUCCUACAAUGGUUUCAAGGGAAUGGAUUGCACACAUUGGUGUAUUGCUGGCCUUCCUGAUACUUGGAAUCAACUUCUUUAUGCAACUCUCAUUUCUUCUAACACAGUACACAUAUAUACCAAUUAACACUUGUAUGUAUUACUUAAUAAUUAUUUAGGGUUUCCUUUUUUUCCUUUUUUUUUUAUGAAUAAAAUUGUCGUACAGGACGGUCAAUUAUAUUAGAUAUCAUUCUUAUUUAAACCGUGGAAUGGAAAGUUAUACAUUAUAGUUUU